CGUCGCUGGCUGCUACGCGGUCAACCCAUCAUCUUCCUUCCUCUCUCGGAAAAAAAUCUAUUUCUCUCUCUCUCUCUCUCUCCCCGGGCGGCGACGACUGGGCGAGCCGCUGCGCCCUUAGGCACGUCUUCGCCGGGCCAUUCGCCGGCAGCGAGCACCCACCAGCAGAUUUUCUGUGUAAAGGUUGCACAAGCUUCAAUACUUUUCAUCGGUUGGAGUUAGAAACUUCAAGCAUGAGCUCUCACCGUGUGAAGUGGAAUGAGGACAAUUUGUAUGAGAUUGAGUCAAACAAACCAGUGAGGCAGAAGAUAACAGAGCCAAAGACACCGUAUCACCCUAUGAUAGAUGAUGAUGGUUCCCUAUCGCCAACACGUCCUUUUGACAAAUGUCUCGAUGAGACUGUCCAGGCUGAAGCUAUAUUGACGGCCUUAAAUGGUGUUGCCUCUUCAAGCAAUAGCAAUUCAAAGGAUGAUGGUUGGGCAUCCUCAGAUGAUGAGACUGAUGCUAUGGAACAAGAGGAUGAUCCAGAAGCUGACACAGCAAGGUUGAGUUUCAAGGAGCAUCGUCGUGCCCACUACGAUGAGUACCGCAAAGUUAAGGAACUGAUGCGCACUGGGUCCCUUGUUGAGGAUGAGGCCGAUGAGAAUAACAGGGUUGAUAACAGCAGCGAAGGCAAGGGUGUGGGAAAAGGUGCUGCAGUCGAGGACAGGAAACCCGCAGCGGAAACAUGAGAGUUGAGAUGGUCCUGUUUCUCUAUGUUGUUCACUAAGAUAGGAAAAGCCCACCAAGGCAGCUGAAGCAUGCUUUUUGGCAUGUGUCGGAUCCGUGGUUCUGGGUUGGGUGGUUUUCUGUAACCAAAGCAGUUGUUACCUCCUAUUUUGUUUUGAGGUGCCGGUGUCCCUAAAAUGCAGUGCUGACCAAAAAUUCCAGUGGAGUUGGCUCCUUGUUCGUUAUGCCAUUUGGUGGCUCUUAUACAUUUUCAUUCAACAAAUAUGUUGUGGCUAGAGCGAACUGUUUGAUGCUGAAAUCAGUAAUGUGAUCAUCGUGAAUAAUUGUUUCUAUAAGAAAUAUUGGGAGCAGACCUAGUCGUUUGAUGUAA